AUGAAGAAACACUGGGUAUCUGUGGCUAUUUUCUUGCUUCCCGUAAUGACGUUCGGAUGGCUUGUGGUGGGGCUUUUUGUAUGGGCUUUGAUUCCCCAUCUCAACUUUCCUUCCGCACUUUUGGUGAGUGCUUGUGUGACCGCCACCGACCCGGUGUUGGCUGCUGCCGUCGUGGGUAAGGGUAAGUUUGCCGAGCGUGUCCCUGGCCACUUGCGUAACUUGUUGACUGCCGAAUCUGGCUGCAAUGAUGGUAUGGCUUUUCCUUUUAUAUUUUUGUCUCUCAACUUGACGUUGUAUCCGGGACAAGCAGGACGUAUCGUCAAGGAUUGGAUCACCCUCACCAUUCUCUACGAGUGUUUUUUUGGGGUCAUUCUCGGUGUCACUAUCGGCUUCACUUUGAAAAGAGCGGUAGCAUUUGCAGAGAAAAAAAGCUUAAUUGAUAGAGAAUCCUUUUUGGCUUUUUUCAUCUUUAUCGCAUUCAACUCGGCCGGCCUUGGCUCGAUGUUGGGGGUCGAUGAUUUGCUUGUGUCGUUUGCGGCCGGUACUGCCUUUGGCUGGAAUGGUGAGUUUGCUAAAAAAACUGAAGAGUCUCAUGUCUCCACCGUCAUCGAUUUGAUUAUCAACUUGGCAUUUUUUGUCUAUUUUGGUGCCAUUAUCCCAUGGCCGCAGUUCAACAACGCCGACAUAGGACUCAACGCAUGGAGACUAGUGGUUUUGGCUAUUGUCAUCAUUUUCUUAAGACGAGUGCCAGCAGUCUUGGCUCUCAAACCUUUCACUCCAGACGUGAAAACAUGGAGAGAAGCCUUGUUCUGUGGCCAUUUUGGUCCUAUUGGAGUCGGGGCUAUUUUUGCAGCUAUUCUUGCUCGCGGUGAUGUUGAAGCCCAUUACACUCACGAGGAAACCCCAAUAGAUUUAAGUGACUUGUCUCCCACACAUCCGCACUAUCAGUUGCUCGAGAUCAUUUGGCCAGUAGUUUGCUUUGUGGUGAUCGUUUCUAUUAUUGUUCAUGGUUCAUCGGUUGCCGUUUUGACAUUAGGAAAGCGGUUGAACCGAAUGGCAAUCACCAUGACUUUCACUGCUACUAGCACCAAGGACCAGGGCCCAUCCUGGAUGAACCGUUUACAGAAGUUGGACAAGGCUUCAACUUCGUUUUCUCUUCAUAGAAUCGACACUGCCGUUCCAGGCGAUGAAGAAAUGGAGCGUUCAAACACCAUUGAAACUAGCGGAGUCAAGGUGAGACCCGCUGGAGGUGCUAAGCGGAAGAGGCACAAGAAAAAGCGUAGAGGAGCUGCAUCGAAUCUCAAGAAGACCUUGUCAAUGGCUAACUCUGAGAGCGACGCUGCAUCUAUGAACCAGAGACAGAGACCUCACACUGAAUUUCUUCAGCUUGGAAGAAGUACAUCAAACGCUCCUCCCGACGAAUCGAUACCUGUUCUGGAGGAGUCUCUAAAUUCACCUGAAACGGAAUCUCCGCAAACUGGAAUCGAUGAAAAAGACAAUGAUUCAGUUCCUUCUUUGGAAGUUGAGAACACUGGCGAAAAGAUUGCGAUAGCCGUUCCACAUGGUUCACAGCAAGACGCCGAAGCAGACAAGGUGGAUCAUCGUACUACCGAACGCAAGCAGAGCGUUGCUACUGUUGCAUAUCAGGAAGGUAACAAGAUUGUUAUCGAGGAUGAGAAUGGUGAAGUGGUUGAGACUUUACCAAUGAAGGGCAAUAAAGCCAUCGCCAAAGCAGCUCGUGGAGAAGAUAACAUGUCUAUUCAUUCAGCUGAGUCACUUCGUCGUCAAAUGACCCAAUAUUCCACUGCAUCGAAUAGUUCUAACCAAUCUCGAACACAGACUCUUGAGGAGAGAUUGAGCAAGGUUCCAAGCAGAAGAAGAGCUUUUUACAAAAAGGGCGAUCCUGGUCAGCGAAAGGUGUAUGCUCAUCAAGUUGACAACUUGAUCAUUAUAGAGAACGAAGAUGGUGAUAUCGUUCGCCGAUACAGAGUCAACAAGCAUUCUACCAACAGGGAAAGGUCGGGGUCGCUUAUGAACAGAGCAUUAUCCAAGGUGGGUAUCAGGUCUAGACAGGGAUCAACUAGUGCACCCGAACCUGUGUUGACGCAGGUUCAUGAUUCGACCAAGCCAAACUCUCCACUCAGAGAUUCCAAGCUCGAGACAAAGAUAGAGAACCAAUUGGUGGAUAUUUUCACUAAAAAGAAGGGACCAGGACAACCAAAGGGGCAAGCUGCGAUCCAAAGAAAACGGCUGCCACCACCUGCAGUGGCCGAAGCUACGGACGAGGAUGAAGACCAAGAAGAUUACGACCAUGACUCAGAGGAUGAUGAUGCUUCAGUAGACUCAGAAGAGGACGAGAUUCUUCAGGAGUCCAACGUUGAAAGACAGCGGAGACUAGCAGCAUUAGGACGCAUUCCCGACAAGAGAGACAGAGACGACGAGGAGGAAUAA